GCAGCAGCUUCAGCUGACACGGAGAGGAGGACCGCGGCGUUAUUGUCGUUUCAUUUGUACAAGUGUCGCCUGACCUGAGCACGCGGACGUGGACUUCGCGGCCGAAAGGACCAUAUAGACCGUUCCGUGGUGACUGUGUCGUGGGUUUCUCUGCGAGCAAGACUGAAUCGCACCUGCCGCCGAGCAUGGUCAACAAAGACUGAUCAGCACUGCGCCUGUGUGCGCCCACAAACAGAGCCGAGGCUGCACACGAUUCCUCAAAGACAUCUGUUUGUUUAAAAGACCUCCGUGGGCUCAGGAGGCUGCUGCUGCAGGAGAAGGUUUGCGUGCACGAAAUGUGAAGUCUGGACUUGGAUGUUGCAGGCCGAACCCGACCGAUCCGCGCCUGCCAGGUUUAAUUAUAGCACGCUUGCUUGCGCUUCUUCUUGCUCGGAUAUCCAAUACUAGAUCCUGCAGCUGCUCGAGAGACAAUCAGGCCUUCAUCGAUCUUUUAAUGAUCUAAAAAUAAUAACACAAUCUAAACACAAUCACACGUCCCGGUAAGACCAGUUUGACGGUCACCGUCAGCAGUCCCGGGGGUUCGAUGUCCCCAUAAAAUAAUAAAUAAUAAUAAUAAAAAUAAUAAAAACAGCAGCAUGUGGGUCACUCCCGAAGAUGUGUUACUCGCUGGCGCGUUAUGGAUCACCGAGAGAGCGAACCCGUAUUUCAUCCUCCAGAAACGGAAGGGCCACGGGGAUGGAGGCGGAGGACUGGCGGGUUUGCUUGUUGGGACCUUGGAUGUUGUUCUGGACUCGAGCGCUCGGAUGGCCCCGUACAGGAUCCUCUACCAGACUCCUGACUCUUUAGUUUACUGGAUCAUUGCUCAUGGAACCUCCCGUAAAGAGAUCACAGAGCACUGGGAGUGGCUGGAACAUAACCUGCUGCAGACUCUCUCCAUCUUUGAGAAUGAGAAUGACAUUACCACGUUUGUCAAAGGAAAGGUCCAGGGUAUCAUAGCGGAGUACAACAAGAACCACGACGUCAAAGAAGACGAUGACACAGACAAGUUCAAGGAGGCUAGCGCUAAGUUUCGUAAACUGUUUGGGAUGCCCGAAGAGGAGAAGCUGGUCAACUAUUACUCCUGCAGCUACUGGAAGGGAAAGGUGCCUCGGCAGGGAUGGCUCUACCUCAGCAUCAACCACCUCUGCUUCUAUUCGUACUUGCUGGGAAAAGAAGUCAAACUGGUGGUGCGUUGGGCAGAUAUCACCCAGCUGGAGAAGAGCGCCACCCUUCUUCUGCCCGAUGUGAUCAAGGUGAGCACGCGCACCAACGAGCACCUCUUCUCAGUCUUCCUCAACAUCAAUGAGACUUUCAAGCUAGCGGAGCAGCUGGCCAACAUCGCCAUGCGGCAGCUGCUCGACAACAAAGGCUUUGAGCAGGACCGCUCGCUGCCCAAGCUGAAGAAGAAAUCACCCAAGAAGGUCUCAGCACUCAAGAGAGAUCUGGAUGCGAGAGCUAAGAGCGAGCGCUACAGAGCGCUCUUCCGUCUGCCCAAAGAUGAAAAACUGGACGGUCACACAGACUGCACCCUGUGGACUCCCUUUAACAAGAUGCACAUCCUGGGACAGAUGUUUGUUUCCACCAACUACAUCUGCUUCACCAGCAAGGAAGAGUCGCUGUGUAGCCUCAUCAUCCCCCUACGCGAGGUGACCAUCGUGGAAAAAGCAGACAGCUCCAGUGUGCUGCCCAGCCCGCUCUCCAUUAGUACCAAGAAUCGCAUGACCUUUCUGUUUGCUAACUUGAAGGACCGAGACUUCCUGGUGCAGAGGCUAUCUGACUUCCUGCAGCAAACCACCUCUAAGACUUACCUGGAAAAAGAACUCACUAGCAGCCUGAACAGCUCAGAUGAUGAGGUUUACUCCCAGCAUGGAUCCCUGCUGUCCAGCAGCCCUCAGCACAGUCUGGGCUCAGAAGGCGAGCGUAAAUUUAACCUGAACGACAGCAGCGUGCCCACAGCCACACAAGCCCUCAUGACCAUGUAUCGUCGCAAUUCCCCGGAAGAGUUUAAUCCGAAGCUGGCGAAGGAGUUCCUGAAGGAGCAGGCAUGGAAGAACCACUUUACCGAGUACGGACAGGGAGUGUGUAUGUACCGCACAGAGAAGACGAAGGAGCUCGUUCUCAAAGGGAUUCCUGAGAGUAUGAGAGGAGAGCUCUGGCUGCUUUUCUCCGGAGCGAUCAACGAGAUGACCACCCACCCUGGGUAUUACGAAGACCUGGUGGAGAAAUCGAUGGGCAAAUACAACCUGGCAACAGAGGAGAUUGAGCGGGACCUGCACCGCUCUUUACCCGAGCACCCAGCCUUCCAGAACGAGAUGGGCAUCGCUGCCCUGCGCAGGGUCCUCACUGCCUACGCGUUCAGGAACCCCAACAUCGGAUACUGUCAGGCCAUGAAUAUUGUUACGUCAGUGUUGCUGCUUUACGCUAAAGAAGAGGAGGCUUUUUGGCUGCUGGUGGCGCUCUGUGAGAGGAUGCUGCCUGACUACUACAAUACCAGAGUUGUGGGAGCUCUGGUCGAUCAGGGUGUGUUCGAGGAGCUGGCCCGUGAGCACAUUCCUCAGCUCUACGACUGCAUGCAGGACCUUGGUGUCAUCUCCACCAUUUCGCUCUCCUGGUUCCUCACCCUCUUCCUGUCCGUCAUGCCGUUCGAGAGCGCGGUGGUGGUGGUCGACUGUUUCUUCUAUGAUGGAAUCAAAGUCAUUUUUCAGCUGGCGCUUUCCGUGCUGCACGCCAACAUCCACCAGCUGCUGGGCUGCAAGGACGAUGGGGAGGCCAUGACCGUACUGGGGAGGUAUCUGGACAGUGUGACCAAUAAGGACAGCACCCUCCCUCCCAUCCCUCACUUGCACUCUUUACUCACAGACAAUGGAGAACCACACCCAGAGGUGGACAUCUUCAAACUCGUGCGCAGCUCCUACGAGAAAUUUGGCUCCAUUCGUGCCGACGUGAUUGAACAGAUGCGUUUCAAACAGAGACUGAGGGUCAUCCAAACCAUUGAGGAUACAACUAAACGCAAUGUGGUCAGAACCAUUGUAACAGAGACUGACUUCAGUAUUGAUGAGUUGGAGGAGCUCUACGUGCUCUUCAAGGCGGAGCACCUAACCAGCUGUUAUUGGGGUGGGAGCAGCAACCCCACAGAGCGCCAUGACCCCAGCCUGCCGUACCUGGAGCAGUACCGCAUCGACGUGGAGCAGUUUAAGGGUCUCUUCAACCUGCUGUUCCCUUGGGCCAAUGGAACCCAUUCAGAGCCCCUGGCUGUACGCUUCUUCCGUCUUCUUGACCAAAACGCAGAUGCCCUCAUCAACUUUAGAGAGUUUAUCACUGGUUUGGGUGUUCUGUGUCACGGGGACCUCACUGAGAAGCUGAAGUUGCUCUACAAGAUGCAUGUCCUCCCUGAAAUGAUUCAUGAACAAGAAGAACCCGACUCUGCAUUUGAAGCCACUCAGUACUUCUUUGAAGACAUCACUCCAGAAACAUCCAUCGGCCAUGACUCAAAGUGCAGAAAUGAGAAGGAUGAUGGUUUUGUCAGAGUGACAUUCAAAACUGAAAAAGUGAAGAAACUGAACACUCCUGAUUACCGCCAUUACCUGAAACUGUGGAACCAGGAGAUGAAACCUAAACGGGAAAACACAAAAGACCUGCCGAAACUGAACCAGAGCCAGUUCAUCGAGCUUUGCAAGACCCUCUACAGCAUGUUCAGUGAAGAUGUGGCGGAGCAAGAGCUCUAUCACGCUACAGCAACGGUCACCAGUCUGCUGCUGGAAAUGGGAGAGGUGGGAAAGCUCUUCUCCUCCUCUUUCAGAAAGGACCACAACCAGGAGGGGAACUCGGAGCCGAGCGUGUGCAUGAGAGACGUUUUAGAUCCUAAAGGCACCCACGAGGUCCAGGAGCUGGGGGACAUUUUUGUCCCUGCAGGUCUUGAGAAUAAGCCGAGCCCCUGUGAGGAGGGAAAGGGGGAUGAAGACAGCGAGCAGCUGCCCCCUAUGCAAGACAUCAAGCUUGAGGACUCGUCCCCUAAAGACACGGGCACUUCCUCGGCUAUGCUCAUCUCAGAUGACGAAACCAAAGAUGACACUUCAAUGUCAUCUUACUCGGUGCUCAGCGCGGGCUCUCACGAGAUGGACGAGAAGCUGCAGUGCGAGGACAUCGCGGACGACACAGUGCUGGUGCGCAGCGACGGCGGCUCAAACGGCGAGAGAAGCAACCGGCCUCUCGGCGGGGGGCCUCACGACAGAGGCCUGCCUCACAGCACGAGCAUCGACAAAGACUGGGCCAUCACAUUCGAGCAGUUCCUGGCUUCCGUCCUCACCGAGCAGGCUCUCGUGCAGUACUUUGAGAAGCCAGUGGACGUGGCCGCUCGCAUAACCAACGCCAAGAAUGCCAAGAAAGUCGGGCGCCCCCUGUUGUCAACAAGUGACUAUGAGAUCUCACUGUCUGGGUGAGGAGUUAUCACUAAAGAACUGUCCUAAAAGGAAAACAAGAUUAUAAGUCAGUGAUGUUUUGUAAGGAGAAUGAAGGUAAGCGUGUGUGUGUGAGUAAUAGCUGAAUGAAUGCGACCAAAAACCUCUCUUAGCAAUGUAUUUUAAAAUAAAUUAAAGACUUUUACAACAAUCACUAUACUCUGUCCAGCUGAGAAGGAACAAAACAUGAAUAUUAUGGUUUGCUCAGAUGAAAUCCACGUGUACGUCGUAGCUGUACUUUAUAAAAUAUCACGCAUAGGUGUUAAUACUGUAAUCUCUAGUACUCUUAGGCUAUGUAGAUGUAAAUGUCAGUACAGUUCCAAACUGGGACAUCAAUAGUCUACGAUCACCUAACGUUAUAUCUGAUCAAACUGUUACUUCAUUACUUUACGAAUUCCAUUGGCUGCUAAUGAAGACAUUUCUUUCUUUCUCAGUGGAUGAAAAUGUGAAAAACACAAAAUAAACAGUUUCCAUGUAACCUCUUUUCAGCACCUCUAUAAAUUUAACACAGUGUGUCACUUUGGCAAAUUUCGUAUGCAUAUUUGUAUCUUCUGUGAUGUUAACUUUCAAAAUAAGGUCCUUUUAAAAGCCCCAGUUCAUUUUAUCCAGGUAUAAUAACUAGUAGGAACCAACCUGUAUAAUUAAACUAAUAAAAAUAAUGAUGGGGAAAGGCGAAAAAAUGAUCCACAUACAGUCUUUCUUUCUUUCUUUCUUUCUUUCUUUCUUUCUUUCUUUCUUUCUUUCUUUCUUUCUUUCUUUCUUUCUUUCUUUCUUUCUUUCUUUCUUUCUUUCUUUCUUUCUUUCAAUUGAGAAGAAAUCCAGUCAUGCCUCGUUACUACAGACAAAAGUGUUGGUUGAUGGUUCAGGAACUCAAAACAAGUUGUGUGUUCAAGGAACAAAAUGAGUACACUAAAAUGCCGUUAAGAGCCUGCACUCUCUUUAUGUUUACAGCAAAAUCCACUAAGAUAUAUUUCCUUGCCUUCAGGCUAGCUGUUUUGUUUUUGCUUUUUCAAAACUUUUUUAUCUUUAUGCUGUGUACAUUUUUACGUUGCUUUUUUUUUUUUUUUUUUUUUUUAAUUAAAGUUGUUUUUAUGUGAAUACUUUCAAUUGUAAAUGCCCAGUGUUGAGUUUAUUACUCUGGGUUCUGAUGCAUUGUAUAUCACUCCAUCUUAUUAAAGUUACAGUUUGAAUGGUU